AUGCUCGGCCUCAUAUUAUUCUAUGCUUUGCUGGCGAAGCUCGCUUACGAGCUGAGCCUCGCCGUCUACCGUAUAACGUUUCAUCCGCUCUCCAAGUUUCCCGGCUCAAAGCUGGCUGCCUCAACAUACUGGCAUGAAACGUACUACGAUGUCUUCAAAGGACAUUCCUAUAUCUGGAAGAUCAAAGAAAUGCACGAGAAAUACGGUCCCGUGAUUCGCACUAAUCCUGAUGAUGUUCAUAUUCACGAUCCUGAAUUCUUCGAUACACUCUAUGGCUUAAAAAUGGACAAGUGGGACUGGUGGACGAAAGGCUUCGCUGUACCAACAGCGGGAGGAAUGACUGUAGAGCAUGAGGUCCAUCGCAAGCGACGAGGGGCAUUGAAUCCCUUCUUCUCCAAGGCAUCUAUCGUAGCAAAUCUUCCAAUCCUUCAGGAGAAGCUUGCCAUUAUGUGCUCUCGACUUGAUAAAAUUGCAGGGAGUCGGGAAGUCCUGGAUCUGGAAUCUGUCUAUUUGGCGCUGACAACGGACGUCUUAACCCAGUGCUCGUAUGGCUGGACAUAUGAUUACAUACAUGCCGAUGAAUGGGCAAUGACAUGGAAGCUUGUCAACACGGGCGGGCGAGCGUCGGCAGCCAUUGUGCGCUCGUUUCCAUUGAUCGGGGCAAUUGUACGUUCUAUGCCGCUCUCAGUCGCACUCAAACUCGUGCCACCGGUGGGUUUCAUGAAGUCAUGGAUGCAACGGGUCGGUAUGCAGGUGAAGAAGAUCAAAUCCAAUCCUGAGACGAUGCAACAAAUCAAGAUUGAAAAGCGGAGGAAGGAUACCAUAUUUGCCCAGAUCUUGUCCAGCGAUCUCCCUGAGAGCGAAUUGAGCGACCAGCGCCUGAUUGACGAGGGGGUCCUCAUCGCGACGGCAGGCUCGGAGACAACGGCCUGGGCAAUUACCAUCACCACGUACCAUCUAAUGAAGAAUCCUGCAGUCCUGAAGAGGAUGCGAGAGGAGUUGGCGACCGUGGAAAUUCCGAAAGGUGAUCCCGUGGCUCCGUGGACAUCACUAGAACAAUUGCCCUACCUUACGGCAGUCAUCAAAGAGGGAGUCCGCAUGGCAGGAGGAAUGCUGUCCCGACUGCCACGAAUCUACGACAAGCCGAUUCAGUACAAACAAUGGACCAUUCCCGCUGGAACUCCAGUAGCCAUGACGCCGCAUCUUGUUUCUAUUGAUGAGAACAUAUUCCCGGAAGCUCGCAAGUUCAUCCCUGAGCGAUGGCUUGAUCAAAUGGAUGAAGGCCGGACGACUUCGAGGCUGGACAAGUACAUCGUCUCAUUUGGGAAGGGCUCCCGGAAUUGCAUCGGGAUCCACUUAGCAUACGCUCAGCUGUUCAUGAGCAUCGCGGCGAUGGUGCAGCGAUACAACCUAGAGAUGUUCGAGACCGAUGAUAGCGAUGCGACACCGACGCGUGACUUGUUCACCGCUGGGGUGAAACUGGAUAGCAAGGGUAUCCGAGUGAUCGUCCAUGAUAAAGAUGAGAAGAUCUGA